AAUUUUUUUCUACCGUUUACAAGAUAUCUGAAUAUUAGCAAUGCCGUGGUUUCAUAUUUUUAAUAUACUAUUUCUGGUGAAUUUUCAGUAUGGAAAUGGACAAAGAUUUGUCGGUAAAUCAUGCAAAGUCUUAUAUGAUAUUUCUCCUAUAAGUGUAAUCUGUGAUGUGACGAAAGGAGAUCAAUGGUCCCUGGACGAUUUUCGUGAACUAAUGAACGAUACAAAGAAGUCUUACUUAGGAGACGGUCAAUUUACAUUGGAAAUAGAAUGUCAUGGUGGUGGAAAUAUUAGUAUAAGGCAACCAAUAAAAUUACCGGAAAUGACAUCAUUAACCGUUAGGAACUGUUAUAUUACCGAUUAUUAUGAUUAUGAUUUUUCACAAGAAGUUUUGUCCAUCGAAUCGGUACUGCAAAAUUUGAAAUUUACCAACUGCAAAAUAGUGUACAGAAGGUCAGAUUAUGUGAAACACAUUCAGACAAAUUUUGAAAAGUUACUGGCAUAUGAGAAAUGUCAAAUAUCUAAUACUUUACGUACUUUUAUAUUUCACAAUAGUUCUUUCGAUGAUUAUUACCCUGGACGGCAACUUACCCCAAAAGAAUUGAAAUUGGAAUUGGAUUAUGAAAAUGAACUGAGAUUUCUUAGGAAAUGUGCUCAUAACAAUCUCACGUAUGUUGAAAUGUCUUCUCUUAGCCCUUUCUCCGCUGAAGUAAUGAUUAACGAUUUAUUACAGAACGGCAUAUUCAACUCCUUAAAUGUUAUUAACUUGACAAAUAAUGGUUUAGAACGGGUUCCGAGCAGUUUGUUCACAGACUCUAUGUACCAAACAAUCAACAAACUUAAGAAAAUUGAUCUUUCCAGGAACAAGAUUGAGGAUAUCAGCUUUCUUUACAAAUAUUAUGAUUUCGAUGGUAUUCUAAACGUUGAUUUGACCAGGAAUAAAAUAACUGAACUAUCAAAUCUUGACACGAACAAGUUAAAAUCGUUUUCUCGGUUAAGAAAUGAAGUUAACAUAAGAGAAAAUCCGCUUAUUUGUACAUGUUACCAAAGAUUACUUUAUGAAUUCAUUGCGGAGAUAAAUGACAAGAACUGGGAGCAAUAUACCUAUCUCAAAUCAAUGCAGUGUUUAGACCAAGAAAGCGAAAGAAACUUGAAAAACAUAUCUGAUUUUUCAAACGAAGGUAUGUGUAAGAAAAGUGAUAGUUUAGUGUGUGUCAGCGAAGGAAUCUUUAAAAAAUACAAAUAUUCUUUUCUAGGAUUUUCGUUAGUUUUUCUUGUCAUUGUAUUCACGUGUCUCCUCCUUAAGUACAAAUAUAGAAUUAAGCAACUGUAUAGAGUGAAAACUGCCGUUCAGUGCCAUUGUCCAGAUAACCCCAAAUAUUACGACGCUUUUAUUUCAUACAGCUCGUCAGAUGAACGAUGGGUGUACGAUGUAUUGUGCACGAGACUAAAAUCGUUGUUACCAGAUGUUAAUCUUUGCCUGCACCACAAAGAUUUCAUACCAGGCGCAUGCAUAGCAGAAAAUAUCAUCAACAGCGUUGAGAAUAGCAGAUAUACACUGCUUAUUCUGUCAUUAAAUUUCAUCGAAAGUGAAUGGUGCCAAAUGGAAUUUCAGAAGGCUUUUCACCAAACAUUGAAACACCGACGCCACUUACUAGUUUUGCUCAUUGAAGACAUUGACUUUAGUUUGUUAGACUAUGAUCUUAGAUUUUUUCUGCAAACCUAUACAUAUCUCAAAUAUUCCGACAAACUGUUCUGGCAAAAACUUGCAGGAACAUUACAGAUGUCAAGAGAUGAGGAUAAGACAAGUCACUCAAAUAAUCAAGUUUUUAAUCAACUUCUUCCACCAGACUAUGAUUCAUGUGUAUAAAAUCAAACUGCGAGUAUAAAAUUGAGACCCUUAAUGCCAAAAACACCAAGUUUCAUUUAUUUAUUUGUUUAUGUGCCGAUGGUUACUUUUCACUAUUGUAAAAUACAUUGUUUGCCUGAUGUCACAAAUGUAUAUUUUGCAUUCGUAAAUAAAAUCUAUAGGAUGACGAA